AUGGGACGAAAGGCUGUUGAUAUUACUACAAAACGAACCAUUAUUCUUUUGCGUGCCAGUGGAAUGCCACAACAUGAGAUUUCUCGAAAACUGAACAACUCUCGGAAUUGCAUUUAUCAAACUAUUCACAAAUUCAAUAAACUUCACACAGUUGCUACGAAACCUGGAGCUGAACGUCGUUCAAAGUUAACAGAUCGGCAAAAACGAGCCAUUAAACUACAGCAAGUUCGUGAUGAUACUCUCUCGUUAAACGAUCUUAUUCGCUACGUUCAAACAAGUUUCAACAUAACUGUCAGUCGUCGAACAGUGAGUCGUAUUCUCAAUGAAUUCGACAUGUUUUCUCAUCUUCAUGUGAACGAGAGUGUUAUU